CGAUUGUGUGUCGUUUGGCUGACUAUAUUUGGCAAACGGAAAAUUUUCACACGGGUUACUAUGAGCCGUAGUAAAGAGUUUACAUAACAAUUGAGCUGACGAAAUAAAAAUGGAGGAAGACAUGGAAUGUGAAACCACGGGGAUUCACCCACACAGAGUGAAGGCAGAGAAGCCAAUAUAUGACUCUGAAUACUACGCAGCAGAGGCACUGGCCUGUGACAUGGAUAUUCCUGUGAUUUACAGCACUGGGAGGAACAAGGAACCAAUUGAAGAGUGGUUGGAGAAAACUAAACCCUCUAUAAUUCACAGAGAUGAUGGAUAUGGAUGGAUUCAUGUUAUCCGUUCAGAGGAUAGAAGAAACAGAAAUGACUCGGAUGAAAUUGAUGUUUUAGGAUUACAAGAGGCAUGGGAAAACCUAGAAGCAUCAGAAAGAGAGAUUUGUAAAGACAAAAUUUUUGAACUAGCAAACAAUUUUAGAGUAACUGCUGGUAAGUGGAUGUUCUGGGUGUCAACUGGAGGAAAGGGAGAUUACUUAUGGUCCUUAGUUGCCAAAGGUAUCGUAAGUGGAAAUACUCUGGCUAAGCAGGCCAAAAUCAGUGCUUCUGAAAUGGGUAAAGAGGGUCCCGAUGCUAAUGAACAUGUGGUGUGUAUCUAUAAUGAUGAUUUUCUUGACAAAGACCAAGUAUAUGAAAGUGAAAGAACUAUAAGAAGCCUGGGAAUCAAAUGUCAGCUUCAUUACAAACCAGAUGUGUUCACUUUGCUUGGAGUGUACCGGAAAAACCCUUGGAAUCUCAGACCUACAAUUUACACUAGCAAUUUUGAUGUCAUAAGAAAUCAGUCCAUUAUUGAAGAAGUUGGGUAGAUUUUGGAAAGUGAAAGUGGACUUAUGAUUAUUAUUUUAUCUGAAAUACAAUGAAAAAUACUUUGUAAUUUGAUUUUUAAAGAUGUUGUGAAACAAAAUGUUAGUUAAUUUAGAAAUCAUUAUAAUGUCAUAAGAUGACCAAAAAAGAAUAUAAAAAAUAUUUUACUUUA